AUGUGGUAGUAUCGUGUUCUGUGAUUGGACCAUGACAUGAAUUCGAUCAAUCAGCGGCAAGUUUGUUCAACUUGGACGUUAAUGUUGAUAUCAACUCGAAACGAUGUCGACUCAGCGGAGCAUCGGGAACACAGAGUACCUGAAGAAAAGGAUACCACAGAACCCCAGAUAUCAACACGUGAGAACCAGACUAGACACAGGAUGCAGUCUGUCCAAGUACAUGGAAAGACUGGAGGACAUCAAAAAAAAUUACCGCUACCGUAACGAUGAAAUCUUCAAACGGCUAAAAGUGACAACGUUUGCACAGUUGGUUCUUCAGGUGGCCUCUAUAUCAGACUUGAAUGAAGGCGUAAAUGGUGAAGACUCACCCCAUCCAGAAGACUGUCUGUCGGUCGUGUCUGAGAUGGAGCUCGGGCCUCUCUCCGAGCUGUCCGACGGCUCCCCACAGGCCACGCCCACUGUCCUCCCGGAGCAUCACACUGAGGCAGGCGACGCCCACUGUACCACCAGGUCCACACUGCAGAGUGUGAUCGGCGGCGUGGGGGAGCUGGAUCUGGAGCGGAACGGGAGGGCGACGACGGCGAGGAUGACCCCCGAGCUGAGCCCGCUGCGGUGGGCAGAGCGCCCCUACCCAGACUGCCCCUACCUGCUGCUGGACAUGCGGGAGCGAGACCAGUACGACCAGUGCCACAUCAUCAGCGCCUACAGUCACCCCAUUGCCUUGCUGUCCAGGACAAUGAACCCCUUCACCAAGGAAGUCCUGGAAUACAAAAACGCCGCGGGCAAGAUCAUCAUCGUGUACGACGAAGACGAGCGGAUAGCCAGCCAAGCGGCGACCGUCAUGUGUCAGCGAGGGUUCGACAAUCUGUUCAUGCUCUCUGGAGGCCUCAAGGUGAUUGGUCAGAAGUUCGGGGCGGGGAUGCUGGCGGGCCCGCUCCCGCCGGCGUGCCAGCCGUCCUCGGCGACGCCGGGCGGGAGGAAGAAGCGGUGUGACGCGUCGCAGCUCCCGUCGCCGACCGCGGCGCACGCGGCCGCGGAGAGGAGGUGGCGCUUUACCUGCGACGACCUGGACAAGAUCCAACAGCAGCUGGAGGACAACCUGCUCAGCGGCCCCAGCAGUCGAAUGUCCAGCCGUCUUUCCAGCAGCGGUGGUCAGUCCAAGGCGUCCAGUGCCCGCAGCAGGGUGGGCUCCUCCAUGUCAGCCAAGGAUAGCGCCAGGGAUUCAAGUAGCAGGCCAUGGAAAUGACACAUCCCUCUCUUUCCUUCUUUUUUUUUUUUCUCUCAGAAUAUAUAAUUUAUAAAAGUGUAAUACCUUAAAACCUCCACGAUUGGCACAUUCAUUUGCCAGCAGAGACCUGCACGUCCGGUCCUUUUGUGCCUUUUGGACGCUCAGGAGGGCAUUAGUAACAGCUUUGUGUUACAUUAAAGGUUGGGGUUGUCUUAGGUCACCAAUCCCUCUGUACCGUAGACCGAAGACUCCCUAUUUCCAAUUUAGCUUUCGUUUUGGUGUCUUUGAUGUCGUCCUCUUAUUGGAGUGGUGCCCGCUCAUCUACAGCUCUGUCUCUCCUUGAGGUACUUAAAAAUGUAAAUUUAGGUCAGUAGUUUAAUAUAAUUUUAGUUUAAUUGAAAGUGCUGUAAAUGACGCCUUUUGAUAAUAUUGCGCUUUUAAAUUAGGGCAUUUUAUUGAUGACUACAAAAAAGUAAUGAUGUAUUUGUAUCAAGUUGGAAUAUUGGAUUCACUACUUAUGCCUUUUAAUUAUCUGUAAAUAAAUGUCAGGUCCUCAAGCAGUUGGUAGGCCUCCUAUUGCUGUUAUAGUAAUAAUAGUAGUAUUGAAAUAAGUCCAUCAGAGUUUGCCAAAACCGACACAUCUUUUAAAUUCGGUCAAAACAAAGUAUAAUUGUAUUAAUCUGAACAUUGUGCUGGUAGCUAUACUAAAUAUUUCGCUCACCAUCAAAAUGUUUCUUCUCCUUUUUGAGUAUUUAAGAGGAUUGCAUCUUAAUUUUGUGAAAUAUGGUUAUGUUUAAUUGUUUGCACAUUUGGGUAUCUUCGUUAUUCAAAUUAUUCUGAUGCCUCAUCAGUGAAACUGCUUUAAGAAGACGAGAAAAGGACAAUAUUUUGAAUUCACUAAUUUUUGGCCCCGGCACGGGUCACAUUUUCUCACCGGCUACAAUCCCCCUCAAGCGAGCCUCAGACGGUGCCUUCAUUGCUGUAGACUUUGUUUUCCGACAGCACAAGCAAGCUACCAAGUCACGUAUCUCUGGUCUGAAUAUUAUAUUCCUAAAACAUAGAUGUUAUAAAACAGGCAGUAGAAGACGACAAACCACCGAGCACGUCUUUAUGGCGCUGUUUUUCUAAGCUCACAAAUCUGCAUCACCACCAACCUGUCCCAGAUAUGAAUUGUGUGGAAGGAUUCUGCCGAUCAAAGAGAACGGGUCGGCUUUGUUUCCUGAUAGGAUCCAUGGAAGUGGGUAGAUGGGGAGCCACGAACUGGGAUUCAAGAGCAGAGUCAGAGGCGGCGCAGGUUUCAUUCAGAGACUGAAGGAAUACCAUUUGGAACCAGAACCACCCUCUGUGCGUGUGUCAGGAGUAGAGGGAUUUAAUUGAGUGUUCCAGAAAGGCUUUCUGUCUGAACCCGAAUCGGCAGAAUGUUUCCAUGUUUGAUCACUUUUGCCUUUUAUUGUAGAAAAAUGUCACUUGUGAUUCAAUAUUGUCAUAGGAGAUGUUGCUGACAAAUCGUACACAAAUUCCAGAAACACGAACUUCCAUAUAAUCUCUGAAACAUGUGGGAUGAAAAUUGCCACAGAAUUUGUUUUUCCUGGUACUGUGAAGUGAAUGAAUGCUGUUCAUUUCCCUGGCUGCAUAUUUAUGGUUCUCCGUGUGACAGAUUUGGUAUUUGAAUGUUGGCCUGUUUGUGUUUCUGUUUGGAGAAGUCUUUAAUGACCUUCAAUAAGUGCAACAAGUCCAAGAAUGCAAUGAUGUUGCUCAACUUCUGUUUCAUUAAAGAGAGCACUUGAUUCAUUGC